AACCAAACCACAAAAUGAUUUGACCACAAUAACCCAAAACCACCUUCCCCUAACACUCUAUCAAAAUCUCCAUCACACACACAUCUAUAUCAAAUCAAAAUAUCAUUUAUUUUCAGUUAUUGUCAUAUAAACCAGCUGAUCUAUACAUACCUCCUUAAUUUUUCUACCUAUCUAUACGUUUUUAUCUUUAUUGUAUUAUUAUCAACACAGAUACUCCGUCAUUCUGUAUCUAUAUCCAUAUAGUUAUAUAAUAAUAAUAAUUAUAUGGAGAUGAAGAGUAAUAAUAUUAUUAUGAGUAGUAUAAGUAGUAUGUCAGAUGAGUUUCUGGGGACGGUGGCCCCUUUAGUUGUAUACUGGGUGUAUUCGGGAUUUUAUAUGUUGUUUUUUGGAUCGGGCGAGAAAUAUCGAUUGCACACUAAAAAAGACGAAGACGAGAAGAAUCUGGUCUCCAAAUCUACUGUUGUGAAAGGCGUCCUCCUUCAGCAGGCCAUUCAGGCUGUGGUGGCCAUCAUCCUCUUCACUGUGACAGGUGAGGACGCAAAUAGUGCCACCGGUAAACAGCACUCUCUAUUUGAUCUCGGCAGACAGUUGUUGACAGCUAUGGUGGUUUUAGAUACUUGGCAGUAUUUUAUGCAUCGCUACAUGCAUCAAAACAAGUUCCUGUACCGCCAUCUCCAUUCUCAGCAUCACCGCCUGGUCGUCCCGUAUGCUUUUGGAGCUCUUUACAACCAUCCGUUGGAGGGGCUCUUAAUGGACACCGUUGGCGGAGCUUUGGCUUUUCUUCUCUCAGGCAUGUCCCCUCGAUUCUCUAUCUUCUUUUUCUCCUUUGCUACCAUCAAAACCGUCGAUGAUCAUUGCGGGUUAUGGCUUCCCUGGAAUCUUUUCCAAAUCUUGUUCACAAACAAUUCCGCAUACCAUGAUGUACACCACCAGCUUUAUGGCACCAAAUUUAAUUACUCCCAGCCUUUCUUUGCUGUGUGGGAUAAAAUUCUUGGGACUCAUAUGCCCUUUUCACUUGAAAAGCGAGAGGCCGGCGGUUUUCAAGUAAGACCUAUUAAAGUUGUCAAGGAUAAUUGAUUAGAUUCACUUCUUUUCUUUUCUAGGUUUAUAGGAUAUGUGUCCUUAUGUCCGCAUACUUUCUUUAUUUGUCGCACCAUGUAUUAUAUAGUGUGUUCAAAGAUAAUUAUUUUUUGAUUGUUCUCCUUAUUUGAGGCCAUGUAAUUUGAAUUAGAAUUCUUAUUUGUAACAUGUUUACAUUACAGUUUUUGCAA